CCCCGCCCCUGCCUGGAUCGGGAUGGACCGCUGCCUCCUCCGGCGCUUUCAAAUCCGUCGGCAGUCGGCGGCGAGCGGGGAGGCGUGAUGAGCUCAAGAGCCAUGGCUCACCACACCGUCGCCUGUGCCGUCAUCUUCGUCGCCUGUGCCCUGGGACCCGGCUUGGCAAGCCGAAAACUGCUGGUUUUCCUGAUUGACGGAUUCCGCUACGAUUAUAUCAACCAGCUGGAUGCCCUGCCCGGGUUCAAAGAAAUCGUGGACAGUGGCGUCAAAGCGGACUACAUGACACCUGAUUUUCCCAGCCUUUCCUACCCGAAUUACUAUUCUCUCAUGACGGGCCGGCACUGCGAAGUGCACCAGAUGACUGGUAAUUACAUGUGGGAUCGAGCUGCAGGCAAAGAAUUUCUCAUUGGCACCAACCCAGACAGCCGCUUACCUCUGUGGUGGGAUGGAUCAGAGCCACUCUGGGUAACGAUGCAGAAACAGAAGAAGAAGGUUUACAUGUACUACUGGCCUGGCUGCGAAGUGGAGAUUUUGGGCGUGAGACCAGAGUACUGCCGAGAGUAUUUCUACAGUCCUUCGGAGUCCAACCUGACACAAGCUAUAGACAGUGCUCUUGAAACUCUGCGCAACGGCAGUGCCGACAUGGCAGCGGUGUACUAUGAGAAGAUCGACGUGGUGGGCCACCACAAUGGACCCCUGUCCCCAGAGCGGGAGGACGCCACCAAAAAGCUGGAUGACAUCUUUAAAGCGAUGAACCGCAAGAUCAAGGAAAGCAGCCUGCACAACGAGCUCAAUGUCAUUAUGUUCUCGGAUCACGGCAUGACCGACAUUGAAUGGAUGGAGAAAGUCAUCGAACUUACCAGAUAUAUAAACAUGUCGGAUGUCAUGAAGAUGAUGGACAGGGGCCCUGUUGUGAGCCUGUGGCCAAAGGAGGAAAAGAUUGACGAGGUUUACAACAAACUGAAAGUGGUGAAAAAUAUGAAGGUGUUUAAAAAAGAGGAGAUCCCAGAUCGGUUUUACUACAAGCGUGGGAAGUUCGUGUCCUCAUUAACACUGGUAGCUGAGCCAGGCUGGUUCAUUACUGAGAGCAUAGACAAGCUGCCCUACUGGGACAACGGCACGGGGCAGGCGCAGGCCUGGCAGCAUGGCUGGCACGGCUACGACAACGAGCUCAUGGACAUGAGGGGCUUCUUCUUGGCUUACGGACCAGAUUUCAAAAAGAACUUCAGAGCAGCCCCCAUCAGAUCUGUCGAUGUUUACAAUUUGAUGUGUGGCGCCCUUGGGAUCGAGGCUCUGCCAAACAAUGGCUCUUGGUCCAGAGUGCAGUGUAUGCUCAGCAGUGAUGCCAGCUUGGCACGGCUCUCUCUGCUCGUCAGCUGUGCGAUGGCACUCGUGUCUCUCCUCCUCCUGACAUAGCGCUGACCUUGUUCCCCUCAACGCGAAGCGGACUUCCCACACGCAGCGUGACUUUUCAUAACGUGCAUUUUUUUUCCUUUUUUAUUUUACACCGCGGGUACUUUAUUCGACGUAUUGUUUUUUCUUUUUAAUCUUAGGGGCGUGAUGCAGAUUUUUAAUGUUAGACGAGCAGUUGGCGAUCACCCCCAGCUGCUGCUGUAUAUUGGGGGGAAAAGUGGCUAAAUAUGACCACAGUGGCAAGACGGUUAUCCUUGUUUUGCUGCAGCUGAGAUUCCACUUUCGACUACUUCAACGGAAUGUUUUUUUAUUUAAAAUAAUGGAAACAAUUUUCUAAAUAUAAUAAAUGUUUACAACAUGUG